AUGGCCGACGCGGCACAAGACCAACCUCCCCAGUCGGCCGCAAACAACCCCGGCCACGGCUCGUCCCCGGCGGUGCAGAACACGCCAGCAGUGCGCUCGAGCACACCGCCACAAGCCGGCCAAGGCGCCGCACCAGCCGCCGGUGCGACCGCGCCGCCCGCAGGCGACGAGGUCGACCGCUCGAGAACGCCCUCGCCGCCGUCUACGCGGCCCAGCCCGGCUCCGGGAUCCGCUCCCGAGGGCAGCAGCUCUACCGGCGCAGGCGAUCACGUCGUCCACCCGUCGCCCGACGCCUCGGCACCUAGCGCCUCCCCCUCGACCCCGACGCGCCUCCAGCCCUCGUCCCCCUCUACCGCACCUCCCGACACGCCCGAGUCGACCGAGCAGCACCUCGCGCAGCAUGUCGGCUCCUCCCCAGCUUCCGUCGACGCCGCCCACUCGUCCCCCGCCUCGGCGCGCACCGCCUCCUCCCCCUCCUCGUCCGCCUCGCAAUCGCCCAGCGGGCUGCCGCCGAGUCGUCGCGUCAAGGUCUACCGCCUCAAGGACGACGCGUGGAUUGACCUCGGCACGGGCACCUGCUCGGGCGAGUUCAUCUCGUCGUCGUCGUCGACGGCGGCGCAGGGCAACGACGCCGAGGGCGACGCGCGCAUGGCGUCGUCGAGCGACGACGAGGAGGGUGCGUGGAUCGUCGUGCGGCGCGAGAGGGUCAGGAGGGACCGAGGGCAGGACUCGCCGACGGGCAAGAAGGGCAAGGGCCGGGAGGAGGACGACGGGAGCGGCUCGCCCACCCAGGGCAAGUCGCCCUUGAAGGGCGCAGGGCGCCAGCUCGUCGAGGGCGGCGGAGCAGAUGACGAGGACGAGGUGGACGAGGGCCCGCCGAUCCUCAAGACGCGCGUCCAGCCGUAUCCGCCCGGGUACCUCCCCGAGGACCUGCUCGACGAGGAGGAGAUGACCUCGGUCGACGACAACGGCAACAUGACGGUCGACGCCGGCGGCUACCAGCGUCAGCAGGACACGCUCAUCGUGUGGACUGAGCGUACGGCGACCGAGGGCGACGAGGAGCAGGAGAUGGCGCUCAGCUUUGCGACCCCGUCGGGCUGCGCCGAGAUGUGGGAGUUUAUCAAAGCCGCGCGUCGGUUCGCCGCCGAGCAGCAGAGCCUCCUCCACUCGCCCUCCCCUUCCCCCUCCGAGGCCCUCUCUUCCCCUCGCCACGCACCCAUGAGUGGCUCUGCGUCGGCCUCGCUCGCCAACUCGCUCCCCGAACCCGCCCUGAGCAACAUCCCGCACCUCGAGAACGCCAUCCGCCAGAUGUCGCGCACCGCCGUUGGCCGCGAGCGCGCCGCGAGCGUCAUCGUGCGCACGGGCUACAUCGACAAGCUCUGCAAGGUGCAGCAGGAGGCCGAGGACCUCGAGAGCCUCGAGGACCUCCAUGCGCUGUGCCGGGUCAUGCAGGCGAUCUUCCUCCUCAACGACAACGCCAUCUUCGAGCACGUCCUGCGCGACGACGUCAUCCUCGGUGUCGUCGGCAUGCUCGAGUACGACCCCGACUUCCCGACUAUGCGCGCCUCGUACCGCGAGCACCUCUCGUCCUCGACCGCCUUUAUCCCUGUCGUCCCUCCCUCGCUCCUUCCCGGCACCCUCCUCGCCAAGAUCCACCAGACGCAUCGCCUUCACUACCUCAAGGACGUCGUCCUCGCCCGCAUCCUCGAGGACUCGACCUUCUCGAUGCUCAACUCGGCCAUCUACUUCAACGAGGUCGACAUCGUCAACGAGGUCGCCGCCGAGCGAGAGCUCGUGCGCGAGGUGUUCCGGGUCCUCGAGGACGACGAGGCCGCAGCCGUCGACGCGCCGCCGAGCGCCAAGGGCAAGGAGCGGGACCUCGCGCUCGGCCCCAAGCGCACGAUCGGCCCUUCCCUCCCGUCCGACAUCGCCGGCGGCUCGCCCGUGUCGAAACGGGCCCGCCUCGCCUCGCCUCCCCUUCCUCCUUCUUCCACCGACGCCACCACCGCCGCCGCCGUACCCUCGACCUCGAACCCGUCUGCGCCCCUCGACCCGGCAUCACCAAGCGUCGCCGCUCGCAAGCUGCACGCGACCCUGUUCCUGCAGCAGCUGUCGCAGAUGGCCAAGAACCUGCAGCUCGGCGUCCGCGCGCCGCUUUACAGGACGCUGUGCGACCGCGGCCUGCUCCCGGCGCUCGAGGGCGCGCUGCGCUUUGCCGCACGGGCGGGCGCGAGGCCGGGCGCGAGCGACGACGAGCGCGACGACGCGACCCGCAUGCGGCAGGCGGCGCUCGGCGUGUGGAUGUGCGUCGUCGACCUCGCGCCGCUCGAGGUGCGGGGCUACUGCCUGCGGCAGGGCAAGGAGCUCGAGAAGCGCGAGGAGGAGGAGACGGAGGCUGGGCGCGAGGGCGAGGACGCGGCGGCGGCGCUGGAGAGGGAGCUCGAGGAGGAGGGCAAGAGCGCCGAGGAGACCGAGAAGGACAAGCGGGACAAGGAGGAGCAGGAGACGAGGAGGACGUUGCUCGGGCUCCUGAUCGGGACGCUCAAGGCGGAGCACGACCUCGGGCUCAAGGCCCAGCUCACCGAGGCGCUGCGAGUUCUCGUCGACGUGACGGGCGAGGGAGGCCCUCUCUCUGCACCGCCACGACUUCGCCAGGAGGACCCCGAGGCCGAGAAGUUCCUCCAGUACUUCUACGACCACUGCAUGACCUCGCUCCUCGAGCCGCUCAGCAAGCUGCCCGACCUGUCGCCUUCUGAUCCGCCUCUCGCCUUGUCGGCCGCCGACGUCGCCCUCCUCACCCACCUGUGCGACCUCCUGUGCUUCUUCGUCAUCCACCACACGUUCCGGUCCAAGUACCUCAUCCUGUCGUCGCCCGAGCUCGCCAAGGCCGUGUCGCGCAUCGUCCGCCCUCGGCCUCGCCUCACCCGACACACGCACCUGCGCCUCGCCGCCCUGCGCUUCCUCCGGGCGUGCGUCGCCCGCAACGACGACUUCUACAACCGCUUCCUCAUCAAGCACGACCUGUUACGGCCCGUCCUCGACACGGCCGACGAGGAGAAGAGCAAGGACAACCUGCUCGGCAGCGCGUGCCUCGACUUCUUCGAGUACCUGAGGACGUCCAACGCCAAGGCGCUCCUCAACCACCUCAUGGACCGAGGAGGCGACGUCGUGCGCCGACUUGCCGCAGGAGACGGCUCGACCGCCCCUCUGCGCACGUUCGAGUCGCUCAUCGCGCGAUGGGAGAUGAACAACGAGCCGCCGCCGUUGACGCUCGUGCAGGGCUCGGCGGGAGCGGGCGAGGGAGCGGCAACUGGUCCAGGUGGAGGCGCGACGUCCAGCUCGAUGCAGCGUCAAACGAGCCUGCCCGGGUGGACGCCGAGGCGCGAGCUCGAGGAGGAGUCGUACUUCAACACCUCGGACGACGACGACGACGACGAGCCGACUGCGCCUGUCCCCGACGAGACGGUCGCCCUCCUCGCCUCGGCGUCGUUCGGCUCGUCACGCCGCAAACGCGAGCCGACGAGCAACCCGGCCGGCGACAACGACCACUCGCCCAAACGCGUCAAGCUCGACGACGACGGCGACAAGCCGCUCUCGCACGACAAAAUCCCGCUCGUCGACUACGCCGACGACGACGACGACGAGGACAUGAAGCCCGCCACCGCCGAGGGCAAUGUCGCGCCGGUCGCCGAGGCGGAUCCGCCGCCGAGCGUCGACGUCGACGAUGCAGGCUUGCUGGCGGGCGGCUUCAUCCGCGAGCGCCGAGGCGCGCUCGACGCAGGCCCAGUCGCCGAGGCGGUCAAGGUCGAGGGCGACGCUGCGCCGCCACCAGGAGCAGGCACCAACGGCGCCGGCUCGUCCGACAUCGUCAAGCACGAAGACGACGCGCCGUUCCUGCCUUCUCUCGGCGCCCUCAAGCGCAAGAAGGAGCAGGAGGACGACGACGGCGAGCUCGGCUUGCUCGCCAAGCGGCGCAGCCCAUUCGGCGACACGGCGGGCGACCAGGGCAAGGACGUCAAGCCUGCCACCGACGCCGGCAAAUCGCUCGGGUUCAGCUUCGGGCUCAAGAAGGCCGCCUCGCCACCUUCGUCGACCUCGUCGACGUCGACGUCGGGUGCGACGGUGCCGACGAGCAAGCCCGGCGGCUUCAAGAUUGCGAUCAGCGGGCUCAAGAGCAAGUUCACCGGCGGCGGCGGCGGCGGGAGCAGUCCGGGUGGCGGUGCGAAGGAGGACGCCAAGGGUUGAGCGCGGCUUGUUGUCGUCGACGUCGUCGAGCGCAGUGUUGCAACGCAGUAGAUAGCUCGA